GGUAAUGAAAGAAGUGGACUUAAGCACACAAGUUGGACGUUACGAAUUUAUGUUAUUCAAUUAUUGGUUUCGAGCUUUGGUCGCCGCCUAUUUGCGUUGAAAUACGAGCGACCAUUGCGUCUGCCGGUUGGACGGCUAACUGCGCGACGCCAGCCAGUAACGACGCGGCUCUCCGUCGACGAGCAGCGCCCCGGUCGAGGCGAUGUACGAGGGCGGCAGCUGCUCGGACCUGAGCUCGGGCGGUCCGUUGGACCUGAAGCGGGGCCAGUUGAUGACCUCCCGGCUGGGCGCCGCGCCGCACGCCAUCAAGGAGGAGCUGGCCGGCGCCGUGGAGUGGCCCGCCGGCUGUGGCUACCGGCUGCCCAGCUGGGGCGCCGGCGCGCCGUUCGACCCGCUCAAGAGCAGCGUCGACCGCGUCAAGAUGGCGCCGCCCGAGCUGGGCCGCGAGCGCUCCUACUUCAGCCCGGGCUUGUACCUGGGCCGCGACUCACUCGCCGCCUGCCCGCGCGACAUGAGCGAGCAGGAGAAGCGUAUGACAGAUAAAACUCCGCUGCAGAAUUUAACACAAGCCGCAACGCAACUAACAGACCCAGGGGCGGAUCAAGGGGUUGCAGGGUGCGCCGCCACCAUCGCCUACCAAACGGCUCUGCUGACACAGGUCUACUAUAUCCCAGUGGAGAAGUGA